UAGUAGCGCAGUGUGUUCACUCAUACUCGUGAAUGCGCAUCCACUAAACUCCCGUUACGCGGGGCGCGAUGCGACUAAACUCCCGCUACGGAGCUCAAUCUCCUCCGGAACCUCAUCUGGGCCGUUCAGCUCCGUUCUUCUGCACUCAGCAGUGACUUUUCUGGCUUCAAAUGGCUGUGCGCGGUACCUCUCUGAUGCCGUUCUCCAUUCAAGCCAUUCUGAACAGGAAAGAAGAGUCUCGCCGUUUAAAGGAUCUGGAUGUGUGUUUCUCAAAACGUGCGUGUUGGAAAAUCCUCGAUGAAAUGGACGGACCGGACCGGAGCGACGAGAGAGAGCAGAAGAACUAUGACUCAGACUCCGGGUUGAGUGAAGAGAACGACACCAAAGUUCCAAUCGAUUUAAAGCCCGAAAAAGACGAAACGGAUCACGAAUCCACGGCGGCCGAUCACGGCAAAGGCCUGAGCGACUGUGUGUCCGAUUGUAAUACGGUUGAGGAGAAGAGCAGCGAUCAGCCCAAGCAGCGGAAGAAGCGUUCCCGUGCAGCGUUCUCUCACGCGCAGGUGUUCGAGCUCGAGCGGCGCUUUAAUCACCAGCGCUAUUUAUCCGGACCGGAGCGCGCGGACCUCGCGGCCUCUCUCAAACUUACCGAGACUCAGGUCAAGAUCUGGUUCCAGAACCGACGGUAUAAAACCAAACGGCGCCAAAUGGCGGCCGAUCUCCUGGCCUCGGCCCCGGCGGCGAAGAAAGUGGCCGUGAAAGUGCUGGUCCGGGACGACCGGAGACAGUACAGCCCCGGGGAACUGUUGCGACCGCCGCUACUCUCACUGCAGCCGCAUUAUUAUUACCCGUACACGUACUGCCUGCCCGCCUGGAGCCCGUCCUCCUGCACUGGAACCCAGUGACACCAGAACACUCCUCAUAUUUAUUCUAUUCAACUGAAAACACCGAGGAGACAAAAAUGGAGAUUUAUUCAACAGAACUGCCUCCAACUUUUGGUUAAAACAGCCUCGUUUCUUCAAGGACUGAUUUCAGUUCUGGUCCAAUUAAACUCUAUCUCAGAAUGUAUGGAAAGUUUGUCAUUUCGGUUCUUUUUUUUUUUUUUUAAAGCUAAAUAUUCUUUCCUCUGGUUGGAAAACGUUACUGCGUGUUUGCUGCAGUUUUUAAGGUGACGGUAAGACUGGCACAUUUCCCAUCACAUGCCCAUCAGGAAUAUAUUAAUCUGAAGGUUUUAUAAGUGAGCCGUGAAAUCUCAUCGUUUACUCAACAUGUACUGUUUUCAUAUUAGUGGAACAUGUUUUGUUUAUUGAAAAGAAAUCAAACAUUAAAAAACCCCGU